UUUCGGAUCGGUGACGCUCAGACACCCGGCAGUUACUGUCAGGCGUUUUCAGGGGAAGGAACAUCGAUCAUCGGCGAGCCAGAACACUAGCGAAAUGUCAAUCACCUUGGAGGAGGAGAUCUUCGGCCUGGCGGUUAAUCCGUUCACCAACCACCCCGAAAUGGUGCGUCGCUAUACUUUAAAGAACGCCAAGGGCAUGUCCGUUUCGGUUAUCCAGCUGGGUGCCAUAAUCCAGAGUGUUAGGCUGCCGGAUGCCUACGAGAAGGUGGACGAUGUCUGCCUCGGUUUCAAUGACAUUGCCAGCUACGUGGCCACAAAGGCGGCUUACAUUGGAGGCACCCUGGGACGUGUCGCCAAUCGAGUGGCCAAUGGAGAGUAUACAGCCAACGACACCAAGAUCCAAGUGACAAAGAACAUAAAGGACCAGUUCCAACUGCACGGUGGCUUUGUGGGCUUUGACAGCGUGAUCUGGGAGGUGGCGCAAAAGACUCCGGAUGGUGUCAUCUUCCGGCAUGUGUCCCCCCACGGACACGAGGGUUAUCCGGGCCAGCUGACCUGUUUCAUCACCUACCAGUUGGACAACGAAAACCGACUCUGGGUGCGCUUCGAGGCCACCACCGACCGCAGCACUGUGGUGAAUAUCUCCAACCAUGCCUACUUUAAUCUGGCUGGACACGGAGCCGGAGCCAAGGGCCUCUCGGAGCACACCGUGGAGAUAGCGGCCGAUAAGAUUGUGGACACCGAUGAGUCCCAGAUUCCCACCGGUAAGCUACUGGAUGUGGAAGAUACCGUCUAUGAUCUGAGGUUGCCUGUUCUCAUCGGAGACCGUCUCAGGCAAUUUGAAAACAAACCCAUCCAGGGAUAUGACAACUGUUUUGUAGUCAAUGGUGGAGAGCUGGUAAAGAGUGUCACCAAGGUGGCUAAGAUCGUCCAUCCGCCCAGUUGUCGUGUCCUGGAGGUCUGGACGAAUCAGCCGGGCAUGCAGUUCUACACAGCAAAUAAUAUGCCGGAUGAGAAAGCCGGCGCUAAUCCAAUAAUUGGAAAGGAGUGCACCCAUUAUGUGCGCCACGGGUCCUUCUGCGUGGAAACGGAGAAGUUCCCCGACUCCAUGAACCACCCAGAGUUUCCCUCAAUCAACCUGGAGCCAGGUGAAAAGUACCGCCACGAGGUUCUCUACUGGUUCAAGGUCGAAGAGUCCUGGAAGUGUUGCUGCAACCCCUGAUAUGUAAUCUUGUUCUCCCGCCAAAUUAAAGUAGUUCCAUUACCCAAAAAA